AUGGCAAGCUCCUGCGUCUUCUUCCUCUUCUUCUUCUUCUUUUUCCUUGCUUCCAUCGUAGAUGUCGGACAAUGCCAAAAUGGGUGUCCUGAAUUACGGUGUGGAGGACAAGGCCCAGCCGUCCGAUUUCCUUUCCGGCUUAAAGACCGCCACCCAAACCACUGUGGCUUUCCUGGGUUUCUUCUAUCCUGCACUGGUGCCAACGAAACGGUACUCGAGCUGCCCAUUUCUGUAAAGCUCUUCGUCAAAAAGAUCGACUACAAAUCUCGGGUAGUUAAAGUACAGGACCCAAAUCAUUGCUUUCCGAGGCAACUUCAGGGACUCGAUUUAUCUUCCUCGGAUUUCCAAUUCCAAGAAAGAAAUCUUCUGUCUUUUGCCUUAUUUAAUUGUUCCCAAGCAAAAACAGAAGAUGAGCGUCGGAUCUCCUGUCUUAGUUGCACUAGCCACCAAGUUUAUGCCGUGCUUAAUGGUGAACUCAUUACCGACUUGAUCGAGUCAUCAUCUUGUACAAAGAUUUAUAGUCUUCCAUCAAUUCCAUCUGAUUUAUUAUUCGGUGAUGAUGAUAUUCGUCACUUUAAGUGGUCUAUACCAGACUGCCGAUACUGUGACGUGGAAGGCAAGAAUUGCAAAAUGAAGAAUACGGGCACGAGCACUCGAUCAGAGAUUGUGUGCGUCCCCAAAAACCCUAAAGGUGCAUUGACGAAAAAAGUGAUUACUGGUGUCAUCUUAGGUUCAUUUCUGUUAGCAUUAGCUGUCUUUGCUCUCUACCGUUUCUAUAGUUAUGAUAAAAUAGAGAAAGAAUAUCGAGUGAAGAUCGAAAUGUUUUUGGAGGACUACAGAAAUUUCAAGCCCACAAGAUACUCAUAUGCUGAUAUUAAAAGGAUUACAAAUCAACUUACUGAAAAAUUGGGUGAAGGAGCCUACGGAACAGUCUUCAAAGGAAAGCUUUCUGAUGAAAUCCAAGUUGCGGUAAAGAUCUUGAACGCUUCCAAAGGAAAUGGAGAAGAAUUCAUAAACGAAGUGAGAACAAUCGGUACGAUUCACCAUGUUAAUGUGAUUCGUUUGAUUGGAUUUUGCGCCGAUGGAUUUAGAAGAGCUCUAGUUUACGAGUUCUUACCGAAUGGCUCGUUAGAGAAGUUCAUAUCUUCCGCGGAUGCCAAAAACAAUUUCCUUGGUUGGGCAAAGUUGCAAAAUAUUGCUCUUGGCAUAGCGAGAGGUAUUGAAUAUCUGCACCAAGGGUGUGACCAACGAAUCCUCCAUUUUGAUAUCAAACCCAGUAACGUUUUGUUAGAUCAAAACUUCAAUCCAAAAAUCUCUGAUUUUGGUCUCGCAAAAAUAUGUUCUAAGGAUCAAAGUAUGGUGUCUAUGACCAAUGCCAAAGGGACUGUAGGUUAUAUUGCACCCGAAAUGUUCUCUAGAAAUUUUGGAAACGUGUCUUAUAAAGCAGAUGUUUAUAGCUUCGGAAUAUUGCUGCUUGAAAUGGUUGGGGGCAAGAAAGUUGUUGAUGUUACAAUGGAGAACACUAGCCAAGUUUACUUUCCAGAGUGGAUCUACAAUCUCUUAGAACAAAAAGAGGACUUAAGAAUUUUUAUUGAAGAUGGUGGAGAUGCUAAAAUUGCGAAGAAACUUGCAAUUGUGGGACUUUGGUGUAUUCAAUGGCAUCCGAUUGAUCGUCCUGCUAUGAAAGUUGUGAUUCAAAUGUUAGGAGGAGGAGAAGAGUUAAACAUGCCCCCUAAUCCCUUUACCUUCAAGGAUCCUAUAGAUAUCAAUGCAAGGAUGCCUACAAAAUAUUUAAGCCAGGGGUUAGAAGUCAUCCCAGAAUCAGAGGUAAACUGAAAGUUUGCUAUGAAGAAAUUUAAACCGUGUCAUACUCGAGCAUUGUUGCUAUUAAUUUUGCAAUCAUUAUAGGGGAUUCAUGAGCAACACAAGCACAACCCAAUUCAACA